AUGUCAGAACUAAAUAUUUCAGUGGCAAAAUCUUCAAGAGACUUAAAUAAAAAAAUUUCACUUUGUCAAUCAACAACAAUAACUCCUACCAAAAACAAUGAUACAUUUCAUUCUCAAAUGAGUUGUGAAAAAAUCAAAAAAUAUUCGAAUUAUGAAGAGAUAAAAUUUAAUGAAACAUUAACACAAAUGUCUUGCAAUACAAACCAAAUUAAAUCACAAGAUAUAAAUCUUUUGACAUCCUUAUUACACACAUGUUUUAGCAUAAGAGAAAUGAUCUAUACAUAUUCUGAUUAUUCUGAAAUUAUUUCCGUGACUGGAGUCCUUGAAAGUUUAUAUUGCAAAUACAACAUGGAAAAGAUCGAAACUUCUGAUGCUUAUACGAAAAUGGAGCUUUUUAUUGCCAUUGGAACUGUUUCGGCACAAAUCACUGAGGCAUUAAAUUCAAGACAGAUGUUUGAAGAUAAAUUACAUAAAAUGCAAAUUGAUUUUCCGUCAAAUAUAUUAAAUACUGCAAAUAGCCAGGAAGCUCCAUCAUUUCUAGUAAAUUCUUCAAAAAACUCUCAACACAAUAAAGAACAAAGCUGCCGUAUGCAAACAGAUCCACUUUCUGUGUUAUGGUUCAUCAAAUAUUUGAUUGAUCAUAAUCUUAAAAGGCCAGACAAAAAACAGCUUCGAUUGUUAUCAUUCUGGACUAAUCUCUCGGAGAAGAAACUCAAUGACUGGUUUAGUAAGACAUAUCAAAAUUAUAUUAGGAAAAAUGACCAGAAGAGUGCACAUAAAAAGUUGGCAGAACGCGCAAUAAAAAUAGGUAGACAAUUGCGUAGACCUAAUUCACUAAAAAUUAGUCGAUCUUCAAUUAAGUCUAACAAAAGUUCGCCAUACGAAAGAAAAUCAUAA